GCUUCAAACACAAGGCGUAAAAGUACGUACAUAGAGAAGGUGGAGGACGACCAGCACUCAAAAAAGUAGAAGUCUGCUAGCGUCUACUGCAAAAAUGGCGCAGGAACUCCAACUCCUGCACGGCCCGACAAGCCAGCGCCAAAAGAUAGGGCUCAUGAGAUGCUGGAGGUUUUUUCACGUGCGGAGACUUCUUGUGGGAAUGUUGUAUUCGUAUAUCCUACUGGGCCUGCGACCUUGUCUCUCUUUUGGAAAUACCGGGGAAGAGCAGGACAAUGGAUUUGGUUCCGGUAAUGAUCCCAAUGCGCGACCUAGUGAACCAGGUGGAAACCGAAACCAAGGAGCCUCACUGACACCGAUAGCUUCCCCCCAGGAUGUCGGUCAUCUCCCACCAGCGGUUUCCGAUUCCAAUGGGAGCCCAAAUUAUGACGGAUCACUUGACCGCAAUCCUGCGGCUGUGGUCCCGCGAUUGCUCCCCGGGCUCGAGCUUUCGCGGACAUUACCCGGCUUUCCCAGUCCGCCGCUGAGUUACGGGUUCAGCGCCAGCGCAAGAACGGCACCACCUAGCAGCUCGACAGGCGGGGCACAGCAGAACACGAAUUCCAACAAAAUGGAGAUGGAAGCCACGGUUAUUGCGAGAAAUGAAAACUCUUUUUCGCGCAGCCGGGCGAGGAAUCGUCGUAAUAACGAGCGCAUUAUUAGUAGAACAAGCGAUGCAGAUAAUCAUGCCCAACUAGAAGGAGACAACGCUGCUGGAAGCUCAUUCGCAGCAGCGCCAGCACGAGGACGCGGCGGAGAAGCAUUAGCAGACAGCUUCUACUCGAUUUUGUUCUUCACGUCGUCCAACAUGCACGUAGAUGACGACGAUAACUACGUGGUGCAAGACGGACGAGACGGGGCGUCGGACGAAAUCAGACCGCAGCAGCAGCAGACUACAGAAACUGGGUUACACGGUACAGAAAGCGAUAUAGCAGCUGGAUCGACCACGCCACAUGGCAUUGCACACGUUCGCACGAACUACAGGCCAAGUAGCCAGCACCGGCUGGCUUUGCCGCUUGAGACACCAAGGGAUUUUUCUGCCGACGUGGAGAAUGGGAGUAUGAAGCCCGUCCGGGUGAUCUCGCACGCAGAUCUCAAUCUCGAUGGCCUGCCGGACGUGCUCGUGAUCUGGAACAAAAGCGAGCCACGAUCGUCAAACAGUGCGCAUCAAGAAUCCUCAUCAGGAGCUAGUCCUGCUAGAUCCAGCAGCGUCUCAUCUACUGCUCCCUCGCAGUCAUCCUCUUUUCUCACACAGGUCUACCUGCGGCAAAAGCCCCCAAUUUCUCGGGCAAGCGCGGAGCCCCAGAAUUAUGGCUACGCCGCAAGCUACGAGAGAAGCAGUACGCGCGACUACGAGAAAACACUUGAUGAGAUCGCGUCUGAUUCCGAACCAUUUUUGGUAGAUUUGAACUUCGACGGACGCCUGGAUCUCUUGUUGGCGGACCGCGUGCGAAUUAGCGAUUUGAGAAGUGGUACCAGCACAGGUCCGGAUCACCGCAGUACUGCCGCAACAGCUGUCCGGCUCAUCCUUUUUCCCGCUGACCAGGAGUUUCCCCUGGGGAAGUUCCUGCUGCAAACCGGAUGGAAAGCGCAGACAGAUGGCGUGGUCUUUUCCGUGAGAAAGCAUUUUUCCCCGUCCCUCGCAGAUCUAGACGGAGACAACACUCCGGAACUGAUUGUGCCCGUGGACAUUACGUCAAGGCAACAGGGUACUCAGAAGAUCGAAGGUCGGGGAGCACAUGGCGAAAUGAAGCCGAACAGCGCAGCAGUGGUGCAAUUAUGGGUUUUUGUCAGCACACCGAUUCUUGGGGCUGCUCCCGAUGGAGCCGGCAAUGAGAGCGCAACCAGUGUUGCCCCUGCUGGAGUAGAGCAAAGAACCCGCUUUGUCUGGUUGCGAAAGAAAGAAUGGGGAUACGACUCAAUCGCUCCUGCGCGCGAACUGCGCGAAACCGAAAUCACUUCAGCGGAAGACGCAAAUUCGCAGUUUUCCUUUGCUGAUUUGUUUGGUACCGGGAAGACGCAGCUUGUGUGCCUUUCAACUUCUACUUCUGGUACGCGGAGGGCGAAAAUGCCACGGAACAGUCAACAAGCCGCUACACAAGAGGACUUGGUAGGGUCUGCGGGUGAAGAUCAUGAAGCAGAAACUCCUGCUGCCCUCAUGGAUGCACCGUUGCCUGAGAUUGUUGACAGGGAACCUGCCCUUAUUGUUGAGGAAUUCACUUGCACAGCCGGCGGGCACCAUCAUCAUGGGCAAAGCAACCAGAUCGAAAGAGACAGGGGGAAUGUUCUUCAGAAUCAGAACAAUGAUGUCCUCGCGGAAGCUUCGGAACAACACCCAGAGGGCGAUGGGGAGGCCUCUGUGCGCGUGCCACCUGCUCAGCAUUCAGAGUUACAAGAACGCUCGGGAAGAAAUCCGUGUUGGCGUCGUAUUCCGAUCUCCGUUCACGCGCGAGAGGAUGAGAGACAACAUGGAAAGCGCAGACAAAAUGUUGCAGCUUCAGGAAGGAGAAGUGUUGAAUAUGGCUUGCUCUCUAACGACCGCUGGCUUCGUCUGGGUGACUUGAAUCAAGAUGGCAAGCUCGAUAUCAUGUACACCUACUGCAGUAUGACGUCGACAGGCGACGCUCAUAGCGAAAACACGAGUGCCAGGAAUAAACCAGGAGCUCAGGAUUCGUUCCAAUGCACCACCUUCCUCCUAAUUGGUAACGAAGAGGAGCAGUCGGAGCAGCCAGCAGAAAGCGAUACUACCGAAGGGUCUGGUCGAUCAUCUUCAAGCUACGCCCAACACCAAAACGUACUGCACAGAAAGGUUUUCCAAAAGUUUUCCCUUCCUAAGGGUGAUUACAGCGGCGCGGCAUUCUACGGGGACUUGGGUCGCAGGGUGCAAAUCCUUGCUUGGGCGUUCGAGCUUACUCCAAGGAAUGAUGCUACUGGGACAACGCUUCGUACUGCUGCAGCAGUGGGUAUGUACAAAUACUUUGUUUUCUGCUACAACCCGGCGAAAAUUUCGUUCCACAUCCAAACGCAAGCGCUCCUGUUAUGGCGUUCUCAAACGUUACAUUCUCAACUGUUGCAUGAAUUCGUGAUGCAAGAAUAGCAAAAGUGAUAGGAGGGAUCGCGCGCAUCUUGCAUGACAGAUUUGGCGCCGAUUAUCAGCCUGUUUGGCCCUCUGGGAAUUUGUCAUGCGAAGCAGCUUGAUGGUGUCGAUUCUGAAGGCAAUUUUGCUUGACAAAUCAUGUAACAGCUGACAAUGUAACGUUUGAGAACGCCAUACCUGUCCGUGCCCGAGCCGUCGGACCAGCAGAUGGUGGUGCACCCAGGACCGACAGCGCGACCUGGCGCCGCCGCUGGUGCAACUUCGUCGAUUUACACCACUCGGAAUAUAGUUCCGUUCACCUGCACGCUCCAGUUGGGCUAUCUGAAUCCGCGCAACCUGGAACGGAAGCAGACCCGCACGACUUUACUUGGGACCAGCAAUCACUUUGGUAGCUUGCAACUGCCGUUUCUAGAUUUGGGCUUAAAGGACUCGAACAGUUACAUUGACGACUUCGAAAUUGGGUGUCUUCCUUUCCUCCCCAACGCGCGCGGAUUCACACGUCGCUUCGAGGGGUCGCAGAUCGUGCCCAACUCGGCCGUGGCAGUGAUCAUCCCUUUUUCAUCAUCCGCGGUUGUAUCCGAUCAAGAUCAUGGCACACCAGCAUUGGAGCAAACAACCAGCAGAGAAAUGAGGCUUUCUCAUUCUGCAGCAUCUUCGGCAACAAGGCCGAAAGGAGCAGGGGCGAUACCUGACAGUCCACGAUACGAUAGACGUCCUCGUCCAGUCUCAGUGUGGAGCGCCGCGGCGUCAAAUGAGUGGUCGCUCGAGCUGGUGGUAAACCCGGCGGGUUACUUCUACGUAAUCUUUUUUGUGUGUCUACUGCUGCUGGUUGUCCUGUUGCUCGUCGCUUUUGUGUUGCACGAGCGCGAACGGAAGGCAAAACAGGCGGACCGGGAGAAACAAUUUCGCAUGCACUUUAUCAACAGCUAGACUAGUACUGCCCCGGCGGGGAAAGCGGCGAGACGGGCCAAACUGACAACGCACGUUUUCCAGAUCACGCGGCGAACGAAUGUGGACAUUCUCGUGUGGAUGACCUCUUCGAAAGAAGAUUGAUGUAUACUUGCAUGGGUACCUCUGACACUGACUAACAAUAAUUUAACAACAAGGCAAAAUGCAGCACGCGGACGAUCGACUUGCUGUUGCUUCGUCUUCGUCCUCCUAGUGCGUCAGCUCCGCAUUGCUUGCCUGUGGCUACUGAACAGAGUUAAUCUUGAAUUUACUUGUCUGUCAUCUUUUUUGUGUUUGUGUU